AUGUCGCAACCACUCCCAGCGAAGGACCAGGCAGUGUUUCGAUCGAUUGUCAAGUUUUAUGAGACCAAGCAGUACAAGAAAGGCCUCAAAGCAGCCGACUCCAUCUUGAAGAAACAUCCGGACCAUGGAGAAACCCUUUGCAUGAAGGGUCUCACCGUGAGCUACUUAGACCGGAAAGAGGAGGCGUAUGAGUUGGUGCGCAAGGGGCUAAAAUGUGACUUGAAAAGUCAUGUUUGCUGGCACGUCUAUGGAUUAUUGUAUCGACAAGAUCGAGAUUAUUUUGAGGCCGUGAAAUGCUACCGGCAGGCUCUCCGGAUCGACCAGGAGAACCUUCAGAUCUUGAGAGAUUUGUCUUUGCUGCAAAUACAUAGACGCGAUGUCCACGGUUUUGCGGAGACCCGCCGAAAGCUGCUGCAGGUCAAAUCCUCCGCUAGAUUGAAUUGGGUUGGCUAUGCCAUUGCAGAGCACCUUUGUGAAAACUACGAGCUUGCUUGGAAGUGCAUCGACAAUUACGAGAACUCGUUCAAGGAGCAAGAUACUUCUGCAGCCUCCGACUACGAGAACUCAGAGCUGCACCUGUACAAGGCAGCCAUCAUGGAAGAAGCCGGCAAGUUCAAGGACUCCUUGAGCUGCUUGAAAGAGAACGAGAACAAGAUUGUCGACAAGAUCGGCCUGUUGGAGAUGCAGGGAAGGCUCUGCAUGUUCUUGGGCUCUCAUGAAGAAGCGGCAGGCUACUUCAAGAGGCUUGUCAAUAUCAACACAGAGCAUCAUGUGUAUGCGCUAGCAUACAUGGCUUCUCAGCCACAGUUCAGCAGCUUCUGGCCUCCGCUGCCUGCUCCGGCGACACAGGUCGAGCAGAGUGAUCUUUGCAACGGAACUGCUUCACAAGCCUUGCCAAGAAGUAUCUUGUCAUUUCCAUCGACUCUACAUCCGGAAGGCAUGCCAGUUUUUGGCUGGUUGCCGCCGAAGCACGCGCUGAAACCGCAACGCAGACUGAUCAUCGGUCGGAAGCAGCAUAAGCGACGUGUGGAUACGCUUGAGCCUGUCGUUGCCCUGACAGAUGAGCAGGAGGACGAAGUGAUCCAAUUCUUUGAUGGCUUGAAAGCCGAAUAUCCGAAGUCCGACUCAAUGAAGAGGCUUCCACUCUUUUUUCUGACUGGACAGCGAUUCAAGCGGAAGCUCGACGAGUACCUGCGAAGCAGGCUUCGAAAAGGUGUUCCGUCACUCUUUCGAACCAUGCGCUCCUACUAUUUUACGCCCGGCAAGCCCCAGCUGAUUGAAGAGCUGCUGCUGCAGUAUGUGCGCUGUUUGAAGGAGGAUAUCUCGUGGUUUGGGCCGCUUACGGGAGAGUCACAAGAUCCACCCGAGAUGAGUGAUGAAGAGCCGCCCUCGGCCCUGCUCUUCACCCUCAUGACCCUCGCUGAGCACUUUGACUUCAUGGGUGAGACCCACAAGGCUUUGGAGUAUGUCAAUGAGGCAAUUGAUCAUACACCUACUUUGGUGGAGGUCUAUGCAUGCAAGGCCCGCAUCUACAAGCAUGCUGGAGACCUGGAGAACUCCGCACAGUGCUACGAGGAGGUGCGACAGAUGGACUUGGCUGAUCGAUACUUGAACACGCAGUGCGUCAGGGCGCUGCUUCGAGUGGAUGACACGCAGGGCGGAAUGGAGAAGGCCUUGCUGUUUUCGAAGGAGCCAGACUCGCAAGAGGCAGCCAAUCUGCAUGACAUGCAGUGCAUGUGGUAUGAGUCUGCGGUGGGUCGAAGCUACAAGAGGCAGAAAAAGUAUGGCAAAGCCUUGAAGCAGUUCCACGAGACCUUCAAGCACUUCCAUGAUAUAGCGGAGGAUCAGUUUGAUUUCCACAACUAUUGCCUGCGCAAAACUACGCUUAAGGCGUAUGUCGCAAUGCUGCGGAUGCAAGAGAGGUUGUACUCGCACAGGUUUUAUCGACGUGCUGCGAAGGAUGCCGUCAACAUUUACCUCGAGAUUUUUGAUGCCAAAGCUCGGGGGGAAGAAAUCUUGACCACCGAAGGCGCUGCUGCCGGCGACGAGGCCGAACUCAGCGCGGAGGAAAAGAAAAAGCUUAAGCACAAGAAGAAGCGUGAGGCGCAAAAAGAGGCCCAGAAGGCAAGUGACAAGCCGUCCACCGGGCAAAAGCCGAAGAAGGUGGAUGACGACCCCGAAGGCGAGAAACUCCUGCAGCAGGAUGCCAUGGAACAGUGCAGCAAAAUUGUUCGCACUUUGGUGCAGCACAGCUCCUUGGAUGCUGCCACGCAUGUCUUGACCUAUGAAGUCUUCAGCCGGCAAGGGAAGAUGAUCCACUGCCUACAGGCGUUGAGAAAACUGUGGGAACUCGGUGGUCAUGAUAAUCUUCAUUACAAGCUUGUGGCCCCGUCCCGACCCUAG